UUUAAGGGUAGAUUAGAGUUUGACCGUACAAACUUUAGUCUAACAAUAAAAGAGCUGACUCAGCAGGAUUCUGGUGAAUUCAUUUUUAGCUCUUAUGGAAAAACACAAAGACCAGCAGUCAAUAUCGCUCUGAAACCUGAUAUGACCAGCAACUCCACCUGGAACCCCUCCACCAACUCAUGUACAGUUUCACUGGAGUGCAGUUCAGACUCUCACAGUGACAUCAGCUACAGCUGGACUGUAGAGGGCAAAACCAGUAGAGGGUCCAGGCUGCAGUACAUCAUCAGGACACAGGAUGAAGGCACCGAGUUCACCUGUACCAUCUACAAUCCAAUCAGUGAGAUGUCGACAUCCAAAACAGUGAAGUGCAGCGAUACACAAAAAACAAGCACACAAGAAAAAAGUAGGUACAAAGAGGAAAUCACAGGUCUUCAGUGGUAA